AACACACAACUUUACAAGAUCUACAACUCCAUCCAUCGUUUCCUAAACUCAAACUAAUGGAAGCAAUUAUCGAGCAGGAGACCAUUCGCCCGUUGGGGUAUUAUCCAGAAACAGUGUGGGUUUAUGAAGACUUUGCUUCCUUCAGCGCAAAUGAUUCAGCAUUCGAGUCAUACACAGAACAAGUAGAUGAGCUGAAAAUGCAAGUGAAAGAUAUGCUGAUUAACCUUACGACUGAUCCAGUGGAGAAAUUGAAAUUGAUCGAUGCACUAUGUCGCUUGGGUGUAUCAUACCAAGUCAAGAGUGAGAUUGAAGACCAAAUGAAUCUAAUUUUCAAUCUUCAACUUAACCUUGAUGAUCGUGACUACGAUCUAUACACCGUGGCACUUGUACUUCGAGUAUUUAGACAACAUGGGUUCAAAAUGUCGUUUGGUUAGUAAACAAAACUUUGCUUUCGUGAAACACAAUUUCGCAACAAGAUCCCCUAAAGUUUGAUUAGUUUUAAAAAAAUUAAUACAUUUGAUUAUGAUGUGUAGAGGUGUUUAACAAAUUCAAAAGCGAUGACGGUAACUUCAAAGAGAGCCUAACUAAUGAUGUCAAUGGGAUUCUAAGCCUUUAUGAAGCUGCCCAUUUGAGCCUUCAUGGUGAAGAUAUUUUAGACCAAGCCCUUGCUUACACAAGAGCAAAACUUGACUUGUUGGCUAGCCAAUGUGAGCCUUAUCUUGCUAAACAUAUAGCCCUUGCAUUGCAACAUCCCUUUU